GCCAUUCGCUCCUCCUGCCUGGCGGUGGCGCUGCGCUACGGGAAGCGGAUGCUGCAGCAGUCGCCGCCGCAACCGGCGGGUCUCGCGAUAUCUCAAGCCGGAAGUGCUGGGUUUGUGAGAGAGAGAAAGAAAGAGUCGCCACUUCGGUCUCCCGCUGGCCCUGGGGUGGGUCCUGCGUGGCUGCUGAGCGCGUGCGCGGGCGGGCCGCCCCCCCUUCCUCGGCUUCUUUCCUCGCUUUGGCGCUCCUGCCUUCUCUCUCCGUCUCUGUCUCUCCGGAGCCCUGCUUGGCCAUGGCUGGGGGGCCGCCUGUCCAGCAGGCUAUGGAGUGCGAUGCAGAGCCAAGGUCUGUCCUGCCUUUCCAGCCCCUUGUAAACGUCAAACAGGCAGCUCUGCAGGAGAUGCAGGUGCAAACAUCAGAGGCUUCCAUGUGGGCAGCAGUGGCUGCCAUCCAGGCCAUAGACAAGACGGUGGACAGCCACACCGUGCGCUUGCUGCGUUUGGAAGGCAGGAUGGGGUCGGCAGAGAAGAAGCUGGGGGACUGUCAAAAGACCACGAAGGUAUUGGAGAACCAGCUGGAGAGCAAGUGGGCUGCGCUGGGGACCUUAAUCGAGGAGUACAGGCAGCUCCAGAGGAGGCUGGAGAAUGUGGAGAAUCUGCUGAAGAACCGGAACUUCUGGAUCCUGAGGUUCCCCCCCAGUGUGAAAGGAGAAACACCCAAGGUUCCAGUGACUUUUGAUGACCUCUCAGUCCACUUCAACGAGCAGGAAUGGGGGAAUCUGGAUGAGUUACAAAAAGAGUUGUACAAGACAGUUAUGAAAAGCAACUACGAGAUGCUGGUCUCACUGGACUAUGCUGUUGCCAAGCCCGAGAUCCUGACCCGGAUGGAGCAGGGGGAAGAGCUGUGUGAGAAGAGACUUGGUGGCUUGGAAGGGGACAGUGUCCCUGAACACCUUGAUGCAGACAGCCCUGUUGCUCCAGUAGAUGUUUCUUUAUGGCUUAAACAAGAAGUGGGGGAAUCACAGGAUGGGGACGCUAAGCUCCCUGACAACGGGACCGGUGGCUCCCACUUGGGUUCUUCCAUGGAUGCAGCAGAUAAAUCCUUGUGGAUUAAAGAGGAAAUAGAGGAGGUGUGCUUUGUUCCUGAGGAUUGCCAGGAAAGAGAUCUGUCUCGCAAAGCUAGCCUGGAAUACCACACUGUCACAGUUGAUGAAGAAAGCCUGGGAGGACCUCAGGAGUGCACAAGUGCACAGGAGCCUUUAUUUCUUGGUGAAGGCCCUAGUACUGGUCCAGCCCCCUUUCUGACUUGGGUUGAUGCCGCUGGUGACAUGGAGCACGUCCUGCGCGAACAACACCGAUGGCGUUUUUACGAAACGAUGGAGGAGAUCCUGACUACCAAGCGGGAGGACAACAACAGUUACAUUAACCGGGACAGAUACAGGACUUUAAUCGAAGAAGUCAAGGAGGCGAAAAAGCUUCGCAGCAAAAAAGGCAAGCAUUAUCGUCGGCUGAGGCGCUUCAAUGUCCUUAACAUCGGGCAGGAGGAGAAGCUGGUGGUGCCUGUGUCACCCGGACAUACCGAAGUUGUGUAUUUUGUUCAGUAUGAGGACUUGUUUGAUAUUCUGCAUGCAGCACAUAUUGCAAUCGGGCACGGAGGUCGGACCAGGAUGCUGAAGGAACUUAGUCAAAUCACAACGCAGGCAGAGGAAGAUGGAACCCACAUGAAGCCUUUCUUGCUCAGGCACCCGCCUGGAAGAGCUACACCUCACAGCCCUGGGUCAAGUCUUGCUCACGGUGCUCAGCCGGGCACUGAUGUGCAGCCCAUCGAGGAGAAGUCAAGAGGCUUACUGAAGCAGCUUUACUCGUGUUCAGACUGUGGGAAAUUCUUCCAGCACAUGCAGUCCAUGCUCGAUCACAAGAAGACUCACUGCCAGGCACACCGGUUUAAAUGCAUUGAAUGCAAUAAGAGCUUUGGCUGCGAGGAUCAGUGCACACCUAAAGGCCGCCUCCCAACCACCUGCCCUGACUGCAAGCAGCGCCUGCGCAAGAAGCGCUCCAACUGUGUGCACCCUGGGGACACGCAGCCCUUUGCCUGUGCCACCUGUGGGGCCACCUUCAGCCAGUGGUCAAUGCAGCUUUUGCACCAGAAGAGCCACCAGCGAGUCUGGAGCCGCUCUUGCGAUGACUGUGGGGUUGGAGUAGAAACCAUCCAGGAGCUCCAGCGCCAUCGGAGAGCUCAUGCCAUUGUCGGGAGGGCCCAAGGGUGCACCAGUUGCCCACGGAGCUUCCUUUCCUCCUCUGAGCUUGCAGAUCAUCGGAGGACCCAUGCCUCAGGCUGGCCGUUUGUCUGCAGCUGGUGCCAGACUGUCUUUGUCAGCCAGAAGGUGCUUGCCACGCACCAGGAGCUGCAUGUGGCUGCAGUGAAAAAGCUGCUUCCAAAUAUCAAGCUCAACUUUGCCUUCAACUGGCGAGAGUUCUUGUCUGAGCAAAUGAAACUCUGCCUGCAUUCCAGUGGCUCUCCAAGGCAAGCACUCAGCGAACUCCUCCAAAAAAACGCAGAGCUUUGGCCUUAUCCGUGCACAGAAUGUGGCACAAAUUUCUUCAACCAGUGGGCGCUUGCAAAUCACAGGUGUGCUCCCUCAGUGAAGGCACCUGCCCAGUCUGUAGCAAGCAACAACAGCCUGUUUCAGCAGGGAACUGAGAUACGGCCGGUCCCUGCCACAGAGCGGCCAUUUCAGUGUCACUUUUGCGACAUCUGCUUUCCCCAAAAGGAGUUGCUGGUAGAGCACCAGGAUGUGCACAGCAGAGGGCGGGCAUUCCAGUGCCCCCAUUGCAAGUGCAGCUACGUCUGCAAGGAGGCUCUCGCCAACCACGUGCAGAGUCACUUCACGUGGAAACCUUUCCACUGCUACAUCUGUGACAGGGACUUCACCCAGCCAGCAGCGCUUGAAGAACACCUUAGCACUCACAUUGUGGAGCGCCCCUUCAAGUGCAGCCAGUGCCCGAGAAGCUUCAUGACCUCAGGGCUCCUGAGCAAGCACCAACAAGGCCACGUCGCAGGGAAGCUGCACUUUUGCAACUGGUGCACGAGGCAGUUUGCUCACCCUGGGCUCUUGAAAAAGCACUUGCUCUCCCACAACCCCACAGAGCACCCCUUCCAGUGUGACCAGUGCAUGAGCCGCUUUGUUUGCCAAGGGCUGUUGGAUGAGCAUAAAAGGAAGCAUGCGGAAGAGGAGCUGCACCACCUGGGACAAAUGCAGCGGGAAGUGAAGAAAUCUUCUCCAGCCAGCAAUGGAAAUGGUUCUUCUGACUGAAUGGGCCAGCUGUCACUCAUGAAAAGACUAAGCUUGGGUGGCCGUCUGGCCCUGGAAGGACUCUGGUUUAGCUUCCACCCCCUUUGUCCUUCCAAGUAGCUGUCAGGUGCCCUUUAAGCAUCGUGUGGGAGAGGUGCAUUAAUUACAUAAAUUCAUAAAUCACUUUCCACAUAUAUGACCCAAGGCUAUUUACAAGACAUAUGCUUAAAAACAACUGAAAUGAAUUUUAAAACAGUACAAGAACUGAGUUUAGGUUUAAAAACAGGACAAAAUGAACACCUAAGGCAGAGACCUUUGCAUCUAGCUGGAGAAGCUUUUUGAAACUUGAAAUGUCUCCAAUUAUUUCCAGAAAGUACAGAAUAGUAGGUUUUCCUGUGGGUUCCCACCGCAGUGGUCUGGGACAUUUACAGGGUUGAAGCCAUGUGGAUGGGGUAGAUUGCAUGGGUUGUUCCCAUGCAAUUUGGGACUGCAGGGUACUGUUUAUCUGGGGAAGAUCCACCUGGUUGGCUCUACCCACCUGACUGCGGGCCUUUAAAUGCUACAGAAGCACCAUAAGAUGGACCGCCCUGUGAGAGUACAUCCCGCGAUGCUCCUGCAAUGAUAUUGUUCUGCUCCAUUUGGAACGGCUUUAUGCAUUUUGUAAUUCUAAUGCUUUUACCUGCUUUUAUAGUUGCAUGUUCUAAAUAACUCUGACAUGUGAAGGGCACCUUUUUGAGGGCACCAGUUUUCAGGGUGGCAGCUGGAAAAGGGGACACUCCUGUGAGCCAACAGGGCCCGACCUUUGAAACUCAGAUGAGCGAUGGUGAUGCCCACGUUAGGCACGUUUCCUCCUUGGGGAGAUGGAGACUAGAGGACCUGAGAAUUACCAUGGCAACAGCUAAAGGGACAGCGAUACCCUUUGGGAGAACUGAAGGUGGGGGUGGGUGGGGAUAGUGUGCUGUGCUCUAUUUGUCUCCCGAUAUUUUCACAGUAGGACAGGGAGGAACCUGCAUCCCAUUCAAGCAGAAAUGAGGCCUACAAUGGGCUUCUGCCAAGUUUCUCUUGUUUUUAAAAAUGUUUUUAAAUUUAAUUUAAAUUAAAUUAGCAAAUAUUCUGAGUGGAACGAAAGAGAACAAGCUGACUUGUGGCUAUGCUUUGUUAAAAGUCAAAAAGGGCCACUUUCCUGAUGAUUUAUACCCAAAAAGAGAUUCUUUCCUCAGAUUCAGGGAUUAUGCAUCAGAAAAAAUAAAAGAAGUGACUGAGGAGGAAGGAUGCUUAUUCAAAACCAAGGCCAAGAAGCCUUACAGGAGUAGAAACUCCCCUUGGAAACUUGUGAUCCUUCUCCCUCUGAGGUAAAAAAACCAAUGGGAUUCCUGUUCUUAUGUGCCUUCAAGUCAACGAUGACUAAUGGCGACUCUAUGAGUUGGCGCUCUCCAACAGCAUCUGUGUUGCAUUUUGGAUACUCUGUUCACAGGGUUUUCGUGGUAAGAGAUAUUCAGAGGUGGUUUACCAUUGCCUUCCUCUGAGUCUGGAUGCAUCUUAGUCUGGUGUCUCAGCUUUGACCAUUCCACCUUGGGUGCCCCUGCUAGGAGUCGAGCCUCUUGGUCUAGACUCCUGACGGCAUUGCUCUCCGCUUCUCCAACACUCUUAAACCCCCUCCCCACGUUAAG